AUGACUGCCACUUAUCGUCUACAACUGCCGUUACUCAUCAUCACAUAUGUCAUAUUCUCAUCUAUAACAAUAGUUGCUAAAGCUAUUGCAUACGCUAGUCCAAAAAUUAAUCAAAAAAUUCUUAUUGGACCAAAUGAUAUCAAUGCAUAUCCAGGUGAAACAAUUCAAUUUCCUUGUAUUGUUUCAAAACAAUCCGAUGCUAUUGUAACAUGGUGUUGGAAUGAUUUUUGUACAUUAGGUAAAACACAAUUAUUACGAUAUGAAAGAAUUGAUGAUAGUUUAAUAAGUAUUUAUCAAUAUACGGCUUAUCCAAGAUUUCAAUUAUUAAUCAAUGAACGUCUUAAUCACUAUAAUUUGUCAAUUGUUCAUGUGUCAAAUAAAGAUGAAGGGAUAUUUCAAUGUCAAGUGCAGAGAACAAUGAAUGCACAUGAAGCACGCUCCGAACGUGUUCAUUUAACUCUUAUUGCUCCACCGGAUGGUCAACCAACAUUGAUACUACCUAAUAUGCCAUUAAAACAAGGUCAAUCAGCAAAUAUAACUUGUUUAUCAACUCCAUCAAAACCGGCGUCAAAAUUAAUUUUAUAUAAAAAUGAACAAAUAAUAACAAAAAAAUCAUCAUUAAUGAUUUUCUAUGAAUUAGAUAUGUUAACAAAAAAAAAUGUAACAAAACUUGUUUAUAUUAUUGAUGAUCCAGAUAGUAGUUGGGAUAAUGCACGUAUUCGAUGUGAACAAAUUUAUCAAUAUGCAAAUAAUUUUCAUAAAGAUAUUUCAACAAGAAUACAUGUUCAUUAUAAACCAAAAGCUCGUAUUGAAUCUCAAAAUCGUUAUCCAUUAACAGUUAAUUCAACAGCAACUUUUCGUUGUAUUGUUCAUGGUAAUCCUGAACCACAAUUGAGAUGGUUUGCUAAUUCAAUGGAUUUAACAUCAUUAACAAGUUCGAUAAUAAAUAUUCCAUUAUCAAGACAUGUACAUAAUCAUUCAAUUGGUUGUACAGCAAUAAAUUCAAUUGGUACAACAAAUACAAGUAUUCGAUUAUUAAUUCGUUAUUCUCCAAUAUUUAUUGUUCGUCCACCAAAAUUUGUUGUUCUUGAUUUUGAUGAUAAAUCACCAACAUCAAAUCCUAUGAUACUUCGUUGUAUAGUUGAUUCAUUUCCUCGUUCGAGGAUUUCAUGGUAUCGUUAUGGACAAAAAUUAGCUGAAGGUUCAUUAUUUAAUCUUGAAAAUAUAACAACACGCGAACAACAAGGAAUAUAUUCAUAUCGUGUUGAAACGGAUGGUUUUGAAACACUUUAUAAUGAUUUUAUUAUUUAUAUAAAAGGUAAACCAUUAGUUUAUAUUCAAGAAUCUAAACAACAUUAUUCAUUAAAUAUUCGUGAAUUUGAAUGUCAAGUUUAUUCAUCAAGUUCAAUUCUUAAAAUAAGUUGGAAAUUAAAUGAUCAAUCAAUUGAAUCAACUGAUCAAUCAUUAAUAUCAACAACAUGUGAUAAUCAUAGUUGUUUAUCAAAAUUAAUUUAUAAUAAUCGAAAAAUAUUUUCAUCAACAAAUAAUCUUAAUCGUUUAUCAUGUAUGGCUGAAAAUGAAUAUGGAUAUGAACAAAGUCGUCUUUAUCAAAUUAAUUUAGAUGAAGAUCCAUCAACAAUUUUAAUAUCGAUUAUAUUAAGUAUAUUUUUUCUUCUCACUAUUUUAUCAAUUGUUGCUAUCUAUUGUGGUUGUCGUGUUCGACAUAGACGAAAACGUUCAAUCAAAAAUCUUCCAAUUGUUUAUGAUGCACAUUAUUCAAUAAAUGAAUUAAUCAAAGAUGUUGCAUCUUUACGAACAUCUGAUUUACGUACAUGUAAUCCAUCAUUCAAUGAUAAUGAUCAAUUAUCAUUAAAAAUUGAACAAACUAAAAUUGAACCAACAGAUCAUUUAUUAACAUCAUUAUUUAAUAAUAAUCGUACAAAAAAAUUAAUGGAUAAUUUAUCAAAUGAAUCAUCAACAAAUAGUUCGGGUUUUCAUUCAAAAUCUACAACAACAACAUUUAAUAAUGAAUAUAGUCCUAGAUUAGUUGAAACAACUGAUUACACAUUUUCAGGUAUACCUCCAUUAUACACAUCACAAUAUCAGAUGAACGUGUGA